GCGCCCACUCGGAAGUUGCACGCGGCUGGCAUGUUGUCCUUUCGCCGUCGGGCUCGAUGUUUCGUGGGCGCAUUCACGGCGAUCAAGAAGGAUGGCUAUCACCUCCACCCGGUCUUAGACUGUCGGCCGGCGAACGUGCUGCACAAAGAGCUGCCCGUCAGCCAGUUGGCUACAGCGGCGGCACUUGGCUCCAUGUCCUUGAGAGAGGGUGAGGCCAUGGUGGACGAGCACACGCUGCACGGCCGCCCCCUCGACGUUCACUUCUCGGGCGCGGACCGCGCGGACGGGUACUUCCAGUUCGAGUUCGAGGAGGUGGCGGGCUACUUCUGCCUCCCCCGCAAGAUCGUCGCGGCUGACUACGAGGUCAAGCGUGUGCACGACGACGACCUUGAGCGCUGGGUCGACGUGGGCGGUGGACGGGUCGUCGCUGAGAUGACGCGUCUGGCGGAGCCCGAUCGUGACAAGAUCGAUGCGAGGAUUCUUCGAGAUUGUAUGCGUGUGCCCGCGCUUCAGCCUGGCUUGCCCGCGUUGGCACCUUACGUCGACAAUGCGUUCCUUAUCUGCUGGGGCCGCCGCGACGCGCUCGAGGCGUUUGCCAGCCUUCUGGACGAUUUGAGGCGAAGGGGUUUUGUCUGGCGGAAUGAGGUGCAGGCCGAGGAGGUAGUGACGCAGCUUGGGUUGCUCAUCACGGGCGGCGCUUGGCCGAUUGUUACUCACAAGUCUGAAAGGUUGUCCGCUGACGUUGCCUCUGAGCUCAAGGUGGCGGCCGGGCUGGUGCUCAUCGUCCGCCAUCACUUUCGGCUCAACACCUCUACGACCGUGCAUUGCCCCGACGCCAGUCAGGCGGGUUACUCAGUGCAUGUGGGGCGCUUCAACCCAGGGGAGGUCUUGCCCGCCAUCGCGUGGAAGGAGCGCUGGCGUUUCAGGACGUUGGAGGCCUUUGUCGAGGACGACGACGCGGAUCCUGGACCCUGGAGUUCUAUUGCCGCAGAGUCGUCGUCGCUGGCGCCCUCCUUCGAGUCCGAGCUUGGUUUCGGCGACCUCGACGUGAAUGACCUCACUGCUUCUUCGUGGAAAGCGAGUUCGUCACGAUGGGCGUCGAGACGGGCACGCGAGUGGAUCGACGCCCACGCUGUGCCGGCCCUCGGCGCCUCGUUCAGCGAUCGGCUCAGAUGGCGACGUGUGGUCGUCGGGGGUUGGUGCAAGCCUGAGGCCAUCCAUAACAAGGAGGCCCGCGCCUCUCUGCUGGGGCUUCGUCGCCACUCUCGGCGCGUGCGACGCUGGGAUUCAGAGCUCCUGUCGGCGGGGGGCAACCUGUCCGAGACCUUGGCGAUGGAGCGCGGGCGGGCCAAGGACCGCGAGCUGAACGCCUUGCGCCGCCGCUC